AGAGGGAGCUGUAUCUCUCCUGCAUCAGCGCCAACAUCACUGCCACGCCAGCUUUCGUCACCGGAAAACAACCACGAAGAUCUUCACACAACAGAGGGGAGAAAAAAAAACCAGCAACAGCAACAGCAGCAGCAGCAGCAGCAGCAGCAGCAGCAGCCCCUCCUCCACCCGACGUGCAUCCACAGAUAAAGCCAAGGCGGUUCUACCUUACCCAGGCAUCUAAAAACUCCCCCACACAGAAAAGAGCUCUCCCAGGCAUGACCUGAGUGAGGCAGACAGCCCUCCGCCGCUCUCCAUCAACAUGGGCAACCAGGAGGCUAAGCAAAAGAAAGCUGCAGCAGCCUCGGGAAAUGGAAGCUACCCUUCACUGGAUGAAGGAUGGAGAGAGGGAGGAGGAGAUGUGACAAAAAAGGGAGGCAAGAAACUCGGUAAGCAUGGAGGCAAAGGAGCAGGCAGCAGUGGAGGAGGAGGGAUACAUGGCACAGGACCAGGCAAGAAAAAAAACAAAUCCGAAUCCAAGCCCUCGGUUUUCUCCAUCCGCAAGAGAAAGAGCAACCUGAAGGGGAAAGGAGACGCAUGCUCAUCGGUAACGGGCUCGAAGGAGGACGUUUUAGCAUCACAACAUGAACUGGACAGGACCAAAACACCUGAUUUGUCUGCAGAUGAGCUCGGACAGUCAGACACGGAGGCUGCUUUCCCUGAGAAGAAAAAGAAACUGGAGCCAUCAGGGGACAAGGAUGGCGAUGCAGGAGGAAGAGAGCAGAGGCAGGAGGUGCAGCGGAAAGCCUCCACGGCAGCAACCUCUCCCACCGAGUAUGGAGCGCGGAAGGGAGGGAGCUCGGGGUCAGACACUGACAUUUAUAGCUUCCACUCGGCAGCUGACCACGAGGAUCUGCUAGCUGACAUCCAGCUUGCGAUAAGGCUGCAGCACCAACAGCAGCAGGGGGUGGAUAACUCGAUUGUGGAAGCACAGGGAGGGGGGGAGAGGAGAAAGAAGAGUAAUGGAGUAGUUCAAUUAACUCCUGAGGUACUUGACCUGACCCCAGAUUUAGAACUUGCUUCUGAUGCGCUGUCAUUCCUAGAAACGGGAACUCUGUCUGGCUCAGUUGAGCACAUGGACCAGCCUCCGACAGUCAACCACACAGAGGUGCACGAGAGCAGGGAGGAGAAGGACGAGAAGGAGGAGGUGGAGCAUCUGGGGCUAAACGGGAAGGGACAGAGGGAGAGAGAGAGAGAAGCCGCUCUUUGUGUUGCCGCAGGCACAAAAGAGCAGCAUGCUCUGGUACAGCAGGCCCCUCCCAUGACCAUCACCGUGGCUACCGUAGGGGGGGCAGCAAUCGACCCAGUCACCAUGACAACCAGUGGCAACAGCUUCCCUGAUCACAGACCACCAAUGGAGGAGGAGGAAGAAGCAGGAGGUGAAUCCCCUCACGGGGAGAGGGAGCCUGAUAUGGUGGUGGAUCUCAGUCCUCCACCCACAGGCAGCCACAACACAAGUACUGAGGCCACGGGAGGGCUAAGGCCAGGGAUCUCGUUUGAAGAAGGCGAGGGUCAGUUGGGCUCGGGCACUAGUGCAGAAUCCAUAGAGGACUGUGUAAGCGUCGGCUCUGAGCACCUUUCUGCCGCUGCCAGCGCCAGUGCGUCCCCCUCUGCCCAGCAGUGCAGGAGGAGCAGCAUUUGCUUCACCCCGCUGCCUCCCCAGGAGAGCCCCACAUUGGCCAAAAGACUCCUCAAGUCCACCCAUUCCUCCACCUCCUCGAGCCCUGUGGUGAAACCCUACCCUCCUAUCUUCCCCUCCUACAUAAAGACCACCACCAGGCAGCUCAGCUCUCCAGGACACUCCCCAGCCAUGUCCCCGUCCCACAGCCCUGUGUCCCCGCGCAGAGCCCACCAUCACCUCCACAGGACGAUGGCUGAGGGUCACCAGGUCCGUAGGCAGCGCUCCCGAAGUCUGGCUGGGGCUCUGAGUCGCUCGGCUGACUGGACGGAGGAGCUUGAGAGGAGGCUGAGGAGCAGAGAGGAGGAUGGAGGAGGCUGUGGUGGUUCGGGGGAAUACCUGGAGGGCUAUAGAGGAGGAGGCAGCCAGCCCCUAUGUGCUACCAGAAGAUCUUCUUGUGGACAGAUUUCCAGCUGCGGCUUUCAGGACGUCUUUUCGGGUCGGACCUUGCUGGAGAAGCUGUUCCUGCAGCAGCAGCAGGAGGAGCCGGAGGAGGCGGAGAGGCUGUGCUCCAGGAUCUUGGCCAUGGGCCUCCUGCUGCCCUUCACUGACUGCUUCAGAGAGCAGCUGUGUGGCAGCCCUGCCCACAUCACCUCCACACCAUCAGCCAAGUUUGACCAUGACCAGUUGUAUACAUGGGCAGCAGUUAACCAGCCUACACACUCCCUGGAUCUGCUAGAUGUGAGGCUACCUGUGCAGAUCAAGGGCCCCUGGCCCCCGGCGAUGCCUGCUUCAGAAAAUAAGACUGGACUCAAAUCCACAGAGGCUGAGGACAAUCAAGAGAAUAAGGCAGCCAUGUCGGGUUUGAAGCAACAACAGCAGAAGAGCCAAGAUUGUUCGGAGGAAUGCAUCCUUCCUUCAACAAAACUGAAGGAGAAACAUGUUAAUGUCAUCCAGCAGCUAGAACAAACCAUAGAGGACCUCAGGACAAAGAUCGCUGAGCUGGAGCGACAGCCCCCUCUGUUGGAGAGGGACACUACCAAACCCACCACUUCCACCACAGAUAAGGAUAGUGGAGGAGAGGAGGGCCUGCUGAGGGCCGUGUGUGAUGCCCACCUGCAGACAGAGACUCCUCACUCUCUGGGCUGCCUGGAGGCAAAGUCGGUGCAGACUUCGCCCAUGGACGACAGCUUUAAGUUCAAAGUGCCUUGCAGUGAGUCGGGUGGAGUGAACAGCUUCCUGCAGCCCCCACUUGGGCAACACGGCUUCCAGUGUUCAUGUCAGCUGCAGCCCCCUUCAGGAGGAGCAGUAGCUCCUCAUCCGGGACAGACUGUGGUUCCUCCUCCUCCUCCUCCUCCUCCACCACCUCCUCCACCCUUACCAGUGGGCUCAAUGCCAGCUCCUCCACCACCACCUCCUCUACCACCUGGUUCAGCAGUUGCUCCUCCCGGUGGUCUUGUCCCACCCCCACCUCCACCCCCACCUCCUCCACUCCCUGGUGGCAUUGCUCCACCCCCACCUCCUCCUCCUCCUCCUCCUCUUCCUGGUGGCCUUGUCCCACCACCCCCCGCUCCCCCUCCUCUCCCUGGUGGCACUGCCUCCCCUCCUCCUCCACCUCCAUUACCAGGACUUGGAGGCCCACCUCCCCCACCACCCCCACCACCACCACCUCCAGGCUGUGGGCCUCCUCCCCCCCCUGCUCCACCAGGAGCCAUCUGUAUACCUCUGCCUCUCCCAGGGGGUCUGGGCUCCCUGCCUCCUCCUCUGCCCUUGGGCCUGUAUGCCCUGAGUCUGACUCAGGAGAAACCACCAAGGAAGGCUGUGGUGGAGACACCCAGACCCAUGAAGCCGCUUUACUGGACCAGGAUCCAGCUGCAGACCAAAAAGGAGGUUUCUUCUUCAUUGGUGUGGGAGGCAAUUGAGGAGCCUGACGUGGACUUUGAUGAGUUUGUUGAGUUGUUCUCGAAAACAGCUGUAAAGGAGAAGAAAAAGCCGCUUUCUGACACCAUCACCAAGUCCAAAACAAAACAGGUUGUGAAGCUCCUAAACAACAAGCGAUCUCAGGCCGUAGGAAUCCUCAUGUCCUCCCUUCAUCUUGAUAUGAAAGAUAUUCAGCACGCCAUCCUGAACUUGGACAACACAGUAGUGGACCUGGAGACCCUGCAGGCCCUGUUUGAAAAUAGGGCACAGCAGGAGGAGCUGGACAAGAUCGAAAAGCACAUCAAGUCCUCUAAAGACAAAGAGAACGCUAAACCCCUGGACAAACCUGAGCAGUUCCUCUUCCAGCUUUCCAUCAUCCCAAACUUCUCUGGCAGAGUUUUCUGCAUCCUUUUCCUGUCCAGCUUCUCAGAGUGCAUGUCAUCAAUAACGAAGAAACUGGACAUACUGCAGAGGAUCUGCAAGGCCUUACAGGACGGUGAGACAGUAAAGCAAGUUUUAGGUCUGGUUCUAGCCUUUGGUAACUUCAUGAAUGGCGGUAAUCGCACCAGAGGCCAAGCUGAUGGCUUCACCCUCGACAUCCUGCCCAAACUCAAAGAUGUCAAGAGCAGCGACAGCACGAGAAGUCUUCUGUCUUACAUUGUUGCUUACUACCUCAGACACUUUGAUGAGGAUGCUGGCAGAGAGACGUGCGUGUAUCCUCUUCCUGAGCCUCACGAUUUGUUCCAGGCUUCACAGAUGAAGUUUGAAGACUUUCAGAAAGACCUGACUCGACUCAGGAAGGACCUCAGAGCAUGUACAUCAGAAGUUGAAAAGGUGUGCAAAGUUUCAGAGGAGGAUAACUUGCAGCCUUUCAAAGAUAAGAUGGAGGACUUCCUGACACAAGCUAAAAGUGAAAUGGAGACACUGGAGGCUCAACUCAGCAGCACUCACAAACUGUUCCUGGAGCUCACAGUGUUCUUCUCAGUGAAGGCCAAGUCAGGCGAAAAGGAGGUCUCCCCCAACACGUUCUUCUGCAUCUGGCACGAGUUCUCUUCUGACUUCAAGGACCUCUGGAAGAAAGAGAACAAAACCAUUCUCAAGGAGAGGUUAAAAGCAGCAGAGGAGUCCUUCCGUCAGGCCAAGGAGAAGGCGUCCUACAGCGUCAAACCUAAACAUGCCACUGGCAUCAAAGCCAAGUUGGGCAUGAAGAUCUGACUGCUUAGGCUUGGCAUGUUUAUUUUCCCAACUGUGGGCACCCGCAGUGAGUCAAAGACCAAAAAAAGUAUGGAGAGGACAGAAGAGGAAAGGGAAGGGAAAUAACUAAUCUCUGGACAUCUUGUUUGAUAAUUUAUUUAUUUGCAGGUGAUCCAUUUUCUCUGCUCUGCUGCCUUACGUUGCCAUAUCCAACCCUUUCAUGGGAGGAUGCUGCUGCAGGGCCACCAGGCACCAGGAAUCAUGGACUGCUGGGAUCAGCACAGCUCCCGAGCAUGAUGUACAUUAUACAUUAACUGGAAUUACAUCACACUGUCUGUGCCAACAUUUAUAGAAAAACAAAAACUCAAGUCCCUCAAGUCAAACAACCAGACCAGAAUGUUUGAAGAGCAAUUUAAACCUUAAGCACUUAUUCUUUGUUCUGUAACCUCCAAAAAUCCCCACAAGCUCAGCAAGGAGGACAGCUUGUUCAAAACGUGACAUGACUCAGUAUUACAUUAUUAAUAUUAACUGUAAGUGUCUGACAGGACACAUGGUGUUCUUUAAAUUUAAUUCUCUAAUCCCACCAGUCAGUUUUCCUCAGUCUUUUUCGACUAUGCAAAAAAAAAAAAAAUUAUAUAUACAGAACCGAGUCUUUGCAGGAGUCCGUUUUGCAAAGAGCGGCUGACAGCAGUUGGCUGUCCCACACAGAGAUAUAUUCUUCAACUCAUGUCUCCUCAUGAAACGAAAAUCCUCCGGACGUACGCACAGUUUAUGGAACUCCAGCAGAGGGAGGUUGUUGGAGCUUUGCAGCUCAAUGAUUUCGUGUUUUAGGUUUUUUUUUUUUGAUCAUCAGCUGGUUCCACAUUAAACAGCUUUACUAAUGCGUUCAGUUCCUUUUGGUACUGCAAACUCAGCAGUAUAUUCAGAUGUCAGAGCAGGCAUUUGUUCUUGCAAAGUAGGGAAAUGCACAGUGUUGCCCCCUCUGUUGCACUUGUUUCUCUUCUUCCCUCAGUUUGUAAAACCGUGCUUGCAUACUUGGCUCAGCCGUCUCACCUCACUGUAGUUAACCGGAUCGCCAUCCUCCCACUCACGAUCGCUCCUCCUUGAACUGUCGCCUGUUGAGCCCUCUGCGUCUGAUGAAAUGUAUGAAAUGACAGUUGUCAUUACAUUGUUGAGCUUCAGGGAAUGUGUCGAGCCAUGGAGGGCUUGUGAAGUCAGUUAUUCCCCCCUCGUAUCAAACAGCAGUGAUCCCACUAACAAAAAUGUCUAGUAGGUCUGUAUUUAGUAAUGUCUAAAUUACUAAUUGAAAAAGAAAAACUGGAAAGUGACCUUUCAGUGUUUUUUCAAUAUCUUCCAGUUCAAUAUCAUUAAUCUGCUCUGCAUCGGUUCUCCAAGACAAACUGGUUCCAGCAUCUCCACAGCAGCAACAAGGCUCCAUCACAAACUCUCUUUUUGGAGAGCUCGUUCAGCUCGUUCACAAGAAAACCUUCCUGUUUUACAUUGUCUCUGUCAGAAUGUUGAACACCAAACUCAUCUGAAGAGUGCUAACUUCAUCCAAGAGCAUUUGUACUUAAGCUCAGUUUAGCUUCAAGUUUCCUGCUCUAGUUAUGCUGAGAUUGGUCUUUUUCAUGCAAUACCGGUUUGUAAUUUUUUUUUUAAUUUUCUCUCGGAGAGCAACAUAUUCCGCAUCUGACAACUGUACUGUGGCGACUGUAAAGAAUUCUUUACUUGAUAUGUUAUAGCCACGUGUUUUCCUUCAAGGUGGUCCAUGUUUUUUUUUUGUUGGUAUUCCUGAGUUGCUCUUUCUCCAUUUAUGUCUCAUGGACCUCAACCCCAUAUCAGCAGUGGUCAUUAUUACUAAAAUCGUAAGGAUAAACUGAAUAAAAUUUAAGCUUUCGGAUCCACCAGAAAACACUUGUUUGCUAUAUAAUGUUUCCAUAUGGUUUUGAUUAAUGCUUGGCUUUUGUUUACGCCAACAUUUGACUAUUUUUAAAGCACUUUAUGUUUUUAUAACAACGAAACCAUGCUUAAGAAAGUUUUGUCGAUGCAAGAUAAAUUUCACUAUGGAAAACACUGUUAACCCACUGUUUUCAUCCAGUCUUAAAUCUCUAAAUAUUUGUUGAUUAUGCCAUAAUAUUUUAUCCUAAAUGUUGCUUUACUUUAGUUGGCCAACAGUGGCAUAUGAUAAGUAUGAUAAGUUUUCAAUAAACGCCCUGAUAUAGGCCUGAGGAAUUCUGGUCGCCAUUGGAUAUUAGUGUAAUAGUCCCGUACUAUGUUUUCCGAUUGUAACAUUUUCAAAAACAUUUCAGAAAUUCAAAAUGUUUUAUUUUUAAAAUCAAAUGGUUUAUGUUUGGAGGUUGUUUGUGGUACUCCUUUCUUCUCUUGCAACUAAAAUGUGUGGUUUUUCUAUCAAAAACACACAAAGAGCUGGGCCAGCUUGCCUGUAUAAAAUAAGCAGCCGUUGAUGUAACAGACAGCCGAAUACACUAAGCAGCACUCAGUGACAUAUUCUGUUUAUCCUGUGCAAAUAUUAAAAGUAAUAAUUCCAACAUGUUUGUUUUGAAAAGUAACAGAUAUGUGGGUUAUCCCAACCUCUAUGAACAACGCAAUUAAUCUCUUAUCUGGUCACCUUGAUAUGUCUGCACACACAUAAUGGACUCACACAUUACCACCAUGCCGCUGGUUAUUCUACAGCCCGACUGUCCAGACUUAGCCUCUCAGUAGAGAAUCAAUCACAGUAUACAUUCUUACAGCACUGUGUGUGUGUGUGUGCGUGUGUGCGUGUGUGCGUGCGUGUGUCUCAUCAUCCGACUGUGGCUGAUAGCUGUGAGAUGAAAGAUGUUUGUCUUGCAUUGAUUCACAGCUGCUGAAUUUUCUUGUAGAAUAAAUGACUUUAUUAAUGUAAAGUAAUAAAUUGUUGAAAAAUGGUUGUAAGACACAUUUUGUGUUUGUGUCAACGAUGUCCUCCUCUGUUGGCUAACGUUAUACACACGACAGGAACUUAACAUUUGAAUCAAGUGUGAUGCAAUAAAUGUUUCGGUAUACAUAUGAACAGGAUGCAUGGGUGUGGCAGCAGUGUAAUUUCUGUAAAAUAAAGGGAGUAAAUUCUGCAA